CGUUAUGCAAAUAACGCUCCUAACAUUGUUUCAGGUGUUAAGUGGGUAGCGUGGGUCUUGCCUUACUGGCUUACCGGAUACAAGAUUGGUGUUUCUCUGCACCACGAGAUUGUGUGUUAUAAUAUAUCUCCAUCGUAUUUGACAACAUUUAAAGUUUUUUUGCGUUCUCAGCAAUUCGUUAGAUUGUUGAUAAAUCCUGUAACGUCGCCAUAUCCGUGGACUAUGAAGCGAACUCGUUGCUGUGCUGACUUUGGGAAGCCGCUCAUUUUGUUUGUAUUGGUUUGCUUUCUGUGUACGGUAUUCAGCGUAUAUGCAAAUUUUCGCCUACUUCCCCGUGGUAAAAGGUGUUACGUAGAGGGCAGUCAUAUUGCAGCGGAAAGGAAUAAUAAUAUCAAUGCCAUGUUCGUGAACACAGAAGUUAUACUGCGAUAUGACAAUUUAUCAAAACUGUUACACCACGACCCAGAUAAUUUUACCCAUGAACAGAAAAUACUAGGUAAUACUUCUACACCAGCCGACAAUAGCAAAGAAUUAACAAGCUUUACGAACGUCACAGCUGCUUUCAACGCAAGUCUAGUCAAAAGCAACAGCUCAAAAGUAUCCGACAAGGUAUCCAAGGCCGGUGUACAUGCCGUUGUUGUCAAAAAGGCGCCAAUCAACAACAACAAUAAAAACACAGUGAAAUCUAAACCGAAACCAAAGCCUAAACCAAAAAAGAAAAGCCGAAUUGUCUAUGUGAAAAAGAAGAUAGUUCGAAAACGGAAACCGACAGUAAAUCAAGCGAAUCUUCAACAAGAUUUAAAAGACACAGUUUCGAAACUACAGAACUGGAAUCGAAAUAUAUCGGCAACUAUGGCGAUAAGAAACAAACUUAACCGUCAUUUAAAUAAAACUGAUUUUAUAUGUACUCAAGAAAACACUCACAUUGGCACAAAGUAUUAUGAUACAAUGUCCCACAAAUUCAUACUCAUCAACCAAUCGCAUCUGCAAUUGUUGCCAAAGACCUCAGCCUUCUCUUCAAAAACUGCAUUUAAAACGUGUGCUAUUGUAGGAAAUGGUGGUAUUUUACGAAAUAGUGGAUGUGGUGAUGAAAUUGACCGAUUUGAUUUUGUCAUGAGGUCAAACUUGCAACCAAUCAGAGGGUUUACGGCCGACGCUGGAAGUAAAGCCAGUUUUACAAGCAUAUCCCAGUCUUUGAUGACCAGAUACAGAGUUUACAAAAAUGAAAAAUAUGUGAGAAAUUUUACUAAUUUGAAUACUACUAAAUUGUUAAAGGACUUGGAAGAAUAUAAAGGUUAUCUUUUGUGGAUUCCUAACAGCAAAGUUAGUAAUUUGGCUUUCCAGGUCGCCGAACUCUUGAAAGAAAGGACUUCUCUGAAAGUUUUAUUAUUCAAUGCGGAACACUCACAUAAAAUCCAGAGUUUCUGGGGCUUAACUAAGAGAGGUCUUUCAACUGGAAUGACCCUUUUGAGUAUUGGUUUUUCAUUGUGUGAGGAAAUACAUUUAUAUGGAUUCUGGCCAUUUCCAAUAAAUUACGAGGGCAACCCACUUCCAAUGCAUUAUACCGAUGACAUCGCUUGGUCCACGUACAAUAAAUACCAUGAUUAUCCAGCGGAAUUCUCUCUCUUAACUGGCUUGCAUCGACAAGGUCUUCUUAAAAUACACACUGGAAAAUGCCAUUGA